AUCAAAGGAUUUACCAUGGAAGAGAAGUGCAAGUUAUGGGCUGGCAAGGGUUAUAUUGGAGAUCCCAGUGAUUGCCAGGCUUGGGGUUAUUGCGAGGACAACAAGCUUAUCGAUCGACGUGCCUGCAACGAGGGAAUGCUCUACAAUUUCCGGGAUGGAACCUGCCUGAAUGCAUCGGAGGCGAUGUGCCACUCACAGCUCUCGGAGAUCUGCGCCGAUCUAGAGCCGUGGGACUAUGUUGCCGAUCCUGCCGAUUGCCGGAGGUUCGUAAGGUGCGCGAAUAUCGAUGAACCCGUUUGGGGCAACUGUGGUGCUGGUCAAGUGUACAGUAAUAAUGAGCAGACCUGCCUGGAUGGCAGUUUCGGUUGUCCGCAGGAUAACAUCUGCUCGUAUAUGAAAGAUGGUUCCAUCGUUGGCGAUCCGAAGAGCUGUCAGAAGUAUUACAAGUGCCACAAUGGAUUCAGUAUUCAGUUACAGUGUUCAGCUGGUCGAUAUUUUAACCGAAAAUCUGGUAAAUGCCAAUCCUGGUUGCCAGAAUACUGCUCCAAAGAAAUUUCCGCUGUCCUCCCACCCGCUACAGAUUUUCAUAUAUGCUCCAAGUAUUAUGAUAAAGAUAAAUCCGGAGUGUAGCUUCUUCCGGAUUUAAUGACUUGCUAUGGAUUUUAUACCUGCACUUCCGAGUUUGUCUUGGGCCAAUGGAGCAGCUGCCCUUGGGGUCAGCACUUUGAGUGGUGGAGCCAGCGGUGUGGUUCACCCAAGGAUAUUAGCUGCCCCUACGAUCGCUGCGGUAAUAUGAAUCAGCUGCUGGUGGCCACCAUCAACACUGGCUGCAGGGAGUAUACAGUCUGCCAGGACUAUCGAUCAAAGACAUCAGAAAAGUGCCCCGAUGAGUAUCCUUACUUUGAUGAGGAUUUGCGACGCUGCACUAAUGAAUUCCCUAAUCAUAGGGUGUGCUAUAUGGAUGGAUAACAGAUCUUUAUUAAAAUAUCAAUUUGAGUUCACAAACAUAAAAUUUAAACAUAUUUUUUCAUACACUUGUGGUUUUGCCGCUCGUCAAUUCUCAAUAGCGAUUUUCUCAAGUCAAAACAUUUAAACUCUGCCAACUCGUG